UAUAAGAUUACGAAACUACUUUACUUCACCACACAACACUCUAGCAACAAUGGCGAUCCCGAUCCCCAGUCGGCAACUUUUCAUCAACGGCAAUUGGACUGAGCCUUUGCUUAAGAAACGCAUCCCUAUUAUCAACCCUUUUACUGAAGAAAUCAUCGGUGAUAUUCCGGCGGCGACUGCUGAAGAUGUGGAUGUUGCAGUCGAGGCUGCUCGGAGAGCACUUACUCGGAACAAAGGUAAAGAUUGGGCCACAGCUUCAGGUGCUGUCCGUGCUAAGUAUUUGCGUGCCAUUGCUGCCAAGAUAAAAGAGAGAAAGCCUGAACUUGCCAAACUUGAAACAGUAGAUUCUGGGAAACCACUUAAAGAAUCAGAAGCUGACAUGGAUGACGUUAUCAGUUGCUUUGAGUACUAUGCAGACCUUGCUGAAAGUUUAGAUGCCAAGCAAAAAGCUCCUAUCUCCCUUCCUCUGAAGGCAUUUAAGAGCUAUGUGAUCAAGGAACCCAUUGGAGUUGUCGGGUUGAUUGUCCCAUGGAAUUACCCGCUUUUGAUGGCUAUAUGGAAAGUUGCUCCAGCUUUGGCUGCAGGUUGUGCUGCAAUACUGAAGCCUUCUGAGUUGGCAUCUGUGACCUGUCUGGAGCUGGGAGAAGUGUGUAGGGAGGUUGAUCUCCCUGCCGGUGUUCUCAACAUUCUGCCUGGAUUAGGUCCUGAUGCUGGUGCACCUUUGGCAUCUCAUCCCCAUGUUGACAAGAUUUCAUUUACUGGAAGCACAACAACAGCAAUCAAGAUAAUGACAUCUGCUGCUCAAAGGGUCAAGCCUGUUACUUUAGAGCUUGGUGGAAAAGGUCCAAUAGUUGUGUUUGAGGAUGCUGACAUUGACAAGGCUGUUGAAUGGACCAUAUUUGGUUGCUUUUAUAAUGGUGGCCAGAUCUGCAGUGCAACAUCCCGCCUUAUUGUGCAUGAAAGUAUUGCGGCAGAAUUUUUGGACAGGCUGGUGAAAUGGAGCGAGAAAAUCAAAAUUUCUGAUCCCUUGGAAGAAGAUUGCAAACUGGGUCCCAUUGUUAGUAAAGGGCAGUAUGAAAAAGUAAUGAAGUUCAUAUCAAAUGCUAAGAAUGAGGGAGCAACUAUUUUGUAUGGUGGGAAUCGUCCGAAGCAUUUAGAGAAAGGAUACUAUGUUGAACCAACCAUCAUCACUGACGUAAACACCUCCAUGCAAAUAUGGAGAGAAGAAGUUUUUGGACCUGUUCUUUGUGUCAAAACAUUUACAACCGAAGACGAAGCCAUUGAAUUGGCAAAUGAUACCCAUUACGGUUUGGGAGGCGCCGUGGUAUCAAAGGAUCUAGAAAGAUGUGACCGUGUAAGCAAGGCUCUGCAGGUAGGUGCCGUUUGGGUCAAUUGUUCACAGCCAUGCUUCUGCCAAGCUCCAUUCGGAGGCGUCAAAUGGAGUGGCUUUGGGCGUGAACUCGGGGAAUGGGGACUCGAAAAUUACUUGAUCGUGAAACAGGUAACAGAGUACGUAUCUGGUGAACAAUGGGGUUGGUAUGAGCCUCCGAAGCAAUGAAGUUCAUCACGGAAAUAUAAAUGAUAUUUGCUGGUCUACUAAAAAUACCGGUAAUAAUGUGAGCCAUCCGAUCACAUAAAUAUGUGUGUGUGUAUGAAUUUGAACUUUUUGGACCAAUGUCAAAUGGUUGAGUUUCGCUGUUAUAUGCAUGUGAUGUAUUUGGGGGA